AUGGCUGAUGGAAAACAUUUAAUAAAAGAGUGGCUUAGUGAAUAUACUUCAUUACAAGAACACGAAAUAAAAAGUUUUGCUGCAGAACAUGAACAUAAUCAUGAAAUUGCAACAGCUAUAUUCAAUUUAUUAUAUAAUGAAAAUCAUACAGAAAAUCCAACAUUGAGUCAAGAUGUAUGUGAAGAGAUGCUAGAAAACGUCUGUAUGCAGUUGUUCAGUUUCUACAGAUCCAAAGAGACAGAAUUGCAAAGAUUUACAUUACAAUUUGUUCCAAUCUUUAUUUAUAUAUAUCUAAGCUCUGUUGCUGUAGGUAAUACCAAAUCUAUAAGAUGUAUAGAAACAUUACUUAUAGGUCUAUACAAUUUUGAAGUGGUAGAUGAAAAUGGAAAGCCCAAAGUUGUCUCCUUCAGACUGCCCUCUUUAGCACAAGCCUCCAUCUAUCAUGAGCCCCUAAGCUUAGGCUCUCAAUUUCUAACUGAAAGUGCCUUACGGAGAUGGGAAGAAUGUAACACAAAACUUGUAAGUUGGGGACCUUUAUCUCAAGUAGAAAUACUCAACGCUCAAAAUCGAUUAAAAGUGAUGGCUGCACUUUUAUUUAUUUAUAACAGACAUCUUAGUUUGUUGACUAAACUUGCUUUGAGAUAUUUUUGCAUUUCAGCAUCCAGAAUAGUCACACAAGGCUUUAAUCACAAAACUGGACCAACCAAAACUAAGUCCAUCCAAAGGAUUCCUGUAUCAUCCAAUUUCCUUUUAGAAAUGAUUGAGGGUGCAUAUUUUGCUAUGUUUAAUGAAUUCUACACAUUAGCUCUACAAGCAGUUCAAGAUAUAGAUGAAAGAGCUCAGUAUGAACUUCUUCCAGAUGUUAUGCUUGUUACAAGUGCGGUUAUAAAUUCACUAAAUAGUAAUCCUUCAGGACAACCUUGCGAUGGUCCAAUGGGCAUCAGUGUAGCUUUAUCACCAGCAACAACCACAGUUACUAUGUCAAAAUCUAUGAUAACAAAUGCCUCCUUUCGGACUAAAAAACUUCCAGAUGACAUUCCAAUACAAGCUGGCCAGGUGGUACCUACAGAUUCAACAGAUAUACUGACAUCAAUAACAGAAGAAGGGGAGGUAGAAAAUGCAGCACCAAUGCAAAGAGGAGCUCAAGUAAGAAACUCUAAGCCGAAAUUAAGUGCAUUUCCAGUUUUGGGUAAGAAAACAAAAGACCCCAAAGAAAAGAAUACAAAUACAAGUGAUAAAAAAAGUAAUAUCAAGGAAGCUUCAAAAGGAAUAUGGAACUCUAUAAGUGGGGGUGGCGACAUGGUGGAUGCUCAACAAAAGUCAGGCAGUUCAGAUAUUGAUGGAAACGGCAGUCAAAAAGAUGAAAUAUCCAUGACUUCUGUUCAAAUCAGCACUGAGACAUCUGAUUCACGUUCACAAGUAACUACUGAUUCUUUGGAUAUAGAAACAGGAUCACGAUUUUCUGCAAUGCAAGUCAGCUCUGUUUAA